CGCCGCAGCGUGCCGGGGCAGAGCCGCGUGCGAGCGGGGAGCACCAUGGCUGAGCGGCUGUCGGAAGAGCAAAUCGCUGAAUUCAAGGAGGCUUUUUCCCUUUUUGACCGGGACGGAGACGGUUGCAUCACCACGAAGGAGCUGGGCACCGUCAUGCGCUCGUUGGGGCAAAACCCCACCGAAGCAGAGCUGCAGGACAUGGUGGGGGAGGUGGAUGCCGAUGGCAGCGGCACCAUUGACUUCCCUGAGUUCCUCUCACUGAUGGCGAGGAAGAUGAGGGACACGGACAGCGAGGAGGAGAUCCGAGAGGCUUUCCGUGUCUUCGAUAAGGACGGCAACGGCUACAUCAGCGCGGCGGAGCUGCGGCACGUCAUGACCAACCUGGGCGAGAAGCUGACGGACGAGGAGGUGGACGAGAUGAUCAAGGAGGCCGACUGCAACAAUGACGGGCAGGUCAACUACGAGGAGUUCGUGAGGAUGAUGACGGAGAAGUGAGCCCCCUGCCACCCACCUCCAACCCCAUCCCACAGGAAACAGAGAUUGUGGUGGUCCCCCAGCCCCUCCAUCCCCUACCGCCUUCUCUCUACCAUCCUGGGCUGGAACAUCCUCAUUUAUCCCAACAGGAGCAUCACCAGCCAGCGUUUGCGUCAGAUGCGGCCGUUCCACCUGGCAGGAUGGGGCUCGGGGUGCAGAUGAACACAGGGGGGGUCUCUCCCUACUGCCCGCCACGAGAUGCACCCCUCGUGUCCGUAGAGGUGCCGAUGGCCACGGUGCGUCCCCCGGCACCA